UUCUUCUGAAAGAUUCAAGCUUUACGAUGAGCUUGAAUUGCAAGAGUUUCAGGACAAAUUUGUAAUCAAAUCCCAUCAAUCUCCGAAUCAUGGAUUCUGGAUUAGUCGUGUUGAUGGAAACAUCAAUUCCCUUGAUGAUGAAGAUGUUGCAUCGGAUGUGUGUAAAACUAAACAUGACAGAAUUAGAAAUAAAAAUAUUAUAGAGAGACUAUUGGGGUAACACCUACAGUAGAGAGAAUGGUGGAAAAUAAACUUAAGUGGUUUGGGCACGUAGAGAGAAGACCUGCAGAUUGUGGGGUUUGUAGAGUAGAUCAGAUGGAGAGAAAUCAAACAACUAGAGGAAAAAGAAGAUCUAUGAAGACUAAGAGAAGUUAUUAAGAAAGAUCUCGAUAUUGACGAUUUGGAUAUAAGCAUGAUCCUGGAAAGAACAUUAUGGCAAAAGUUGAUCCAUGUAGCCAAUUUCACUUAGUGGAAUAAAGCUUGGUUGUUGUUGUUGUUGUAAUCUUUUUUUCUUUUCGGUAUGAAUCUUUUGCAGGUGACACAGUCUCAGAAAGUCCAACAAAGACGUCUACGAUUUAUGGUGUUGUGGGAACAAUAAGAUUGGUUGUAGGAACUUAUGCUAUUGUAAUAACUUCUCGUAAGGAAGUUGGAAGUUUCCUUGGUUUUCCAGUGUAUCGCUUGAUGUCUAUGAGAGUUCUUGCAUGUAAUGAGGCUCUGAAGUUUUCAACUCCUCAAGAAAAACGGGAUGAAGAAUACUUCUUGACAUUGUUGAAAAUAGUAGAGUCAAUGCCAGGCCUAUACUAUUCUUAUGAAACAGAUAUUACAUUAAACUUGCAGAGAAGAAGCAAGUUAGUUGAAGGGUGGAUGAGUAAGCCACUAUGGAAGCAGGCUGACCCGCGAUAUGUAUGGAACAAGCAUCUUAUGGAGGAGCUCAUUGAGUUUAAGCUUGACAGAUUCAUCUUGCCCCUAGUACAAGGGAGCUUCCAAACAGCUGAGCUGAAACCAAAAGACUUGUCUGCUAAACUGACAUUAAUAUCAAGGAGAUGUACACGACGUCUAGGAACUAGAAUGUGGAGAAGAGGAGCUAACUUUGAAGGGGACACUGCCAAUUUCAUUGAAACUGAACAGUUACUUGAAACUGAAGAUUUCAGUUUCUCAUUUUUGCAGGUGCGAGGUUCAGUUCCUCUUUUGUGGGAGCAGAUUGUUGAUCUAAGCUAUAAACCACACCUUAGGGUUAUUAAUCAUGAGCAAACACCAAAUAUUGUGGAUCGUCAUUUCCACGAUCUCUCACAAAGAUACGGAGAGAUAAUAGCGGUUGAUUUAACUGACAAACAUGGUGAAGAAGGUCAAUUAAGUGCAGCAUACGCCGCUGAAAUGCAAAAUCAGCAAAAUGUGAGAUAUGUGCCUUUUGAUUUCCAUUUCCACUGUGGGAACUCAAAUGAUGGUAUGAAAAUCCUUUACGAUCAAAUUUCAGAGGAUUUUCAAAAACAAAGAUACUUCAUGAUAGAUAGAAAAGGAGAUAUACUAGAGGAGCAGAAAGGGAUUAUCAGAGCAAACUGCAUCGAUUCCCUUGAUCGAACAAAUGUUACUCAGUGUUAUAUGGCACAGAAGGCAUUAAAUCUUCAAUUGCAGAGAAUUGGAGUUCUUACCUGCUCCGAGUGCAUUUCAAUGUUUGACAAGGAAAAUGGAAAAUUUAGAAUAUUAUGGGCAGAGCAAGGUGAUGAGAUAAGCCAGGAGUAUGCUGGGACUAAUGCUCUCAAAGGAGACUUAGUUAGAUAUGGAAAGAAAACCCUAGCUGGAUUAAUCAAAGACGGGAUUAGUGCAGUUUCGCGCUAUUACUUGAAUAAUUUUCACGAUGGAAUUCGGCAGGAUGCUCUGGAUCUGAUAAGCGGUCACUAUACUGUCCGAAGAAAUGCUCCUUCUCCUUUUCAACGAAAUAGCUUUGAACCUUUAUCUAAAAAUGUAACUUUGCAGUACCUCCCUGUGGCAUCAGUUUUGAUCAUUGGUAGUUUGACAGCAACUUCCUUCACUCUUCAUCAAGCGGGCCGAAACACGCAGCAGUAUGUGUCUUCUGUAAUCUGUGCUGGAAUAACUGCUGGAAUCAUGGCAAUAGUCAAAGCUAAUGGAAGACAGUUCUGCUCAAGGCCCCGAUUGUGUGGUCUCUUGUGAUACAAGUAACCAUGAUUUUUUACUACCCUUUUGAACAAAACUUCAAAAAGAAGAAGAAAAAACGGUGGUCUUAUUCUAGACAUUGUAAAUAUGAUUAAAUUUGAUGCUUAUGUUGAUAAAUAUUGUUUUGGGAUA